CUCGACUCUGUUUGCUCGUGUUGGCCCAGCUGCGAACAGCAAAACACAAACACCACCACUUGCCUGAGACAUUUCUAGGGUUCCGAGCAAUUCGAAAUUUGCAUGCAACAUCGGAACCCGCCACAAUGAUACUCAUAUUACGCUAAAUCUCGAUCUUCAGCCAUCAUGCCACCGCCUGGCUUCUCCGAAAUCCAGCAGCCCGUACAAUUACCAGGUCGAGAUUCCUUCGAACUUGCCUCGUUAGCAGAUUCUGAACCCGAUGACCUGCCCACAUCCGAGACCUCCUCACGCUCUGGCAUCUCCUCGUCUCGCCGACUAUCCCUCGAGAACGAAGACCCGUUGGAUGGCGCGAACCCGACAGGCCGCAGUGCAUUACGAGGGGGACGUUCAUACUCGGUUUCCUCUGCCUUCGACUUCACGCCCGCACUGUUUCCACUCUCGUCGACGGCCGGAGGGUAUACAGCGCUAGGGAAUCCAUCAGCUGUUUCGCUCUCUGAUCGACGCGGAGCACUUCAAAAUCUCGAAAAGAACAAGACUUUGACAUAUCUAAAUGGCCUUUCCCUGGUGGUUGGGUUGAUCAUAGGCUCAGGAAUCUUUUCCUCGCCCGCACAGGUCAAUUCCCACGCAGGUUCACCAGGCGCAUCGCUCAUAGUAUGGAUGAUAUCUGGUCUGCUAGCAUGGACAGGCGCGUCGUCUUACGCAGAACUCGGUGGAGCCAUCCCCCUUAACGGCGGCGCUCAGGUCUACCUGGCCAAAAUCUUUGGUGAGCUCUUUGGGUUUCUCUUCACCUGGUCGGCCAUACUUGUCCUCAAGCCUGGCAGUGCCGCCAUCAUCGCCAUCAUCCUGGGCGAGUACAUUGUUCGAGCCGCGAUUGGUGCCGACGUCGAGGAUAUCAACCCAUGGAUCAACAAGGUGCCGGCGCUCCUCGCGCUCAUGCUCGUCACGCUGUUCAACUGCGUGUCCACCCGCUUCGCUGCUAGGAUAGGAGACCUCUUCAUGUUUCUCAAAUUCAUCGCCCUCGCCGCGGUGACUGUUAUCGGCAUCAUCGUGGCAGUCACGGGUCUCUCCUUUAACGGCCCCGCCAACAACGACUGGCGCACGCAUUCCUGGUUCGAGGGCACUUCCAGCGACAUCUCCAACUGGGCAGUGGCACUGUAUGCCGGGCUCUGGGCCUACGACGGGUGGGACAAUACGAAUUACGUGACGGGCGAAUUCAAGAACCCUUCCCGCGAUCUCCCGCGUGUUCUGCACACGGCCAUGCCCGCCGUGAUCGCAUGCUACCUCCUCGCCAACAUAUCCUACAUAUUUGUCCUGCCCCUCGAAACCAUCAACAAAUCCAAUACUGUUGCUGUCCAAUUCGGCAGCAAGGUCUUUGGUCCGAUCGGCGGGCUCAUCCUCGCACUCAUCGUGUCGGCGUCGUGCUUCGGCGCCCUCAACGCCACGACCUUUACGUCCGGCCGGCUCGUCUACGUCGCAGGACGCGAGGGCUACAUUCCCUCCGUGUUUGGCAAGAUCGGUUUCGGCUUUGGCUCCGGCUCGUCAGCCUCUGAAACACCCAGACCUCUGAAGAAACUGCGCCGACGGAGCUGGUUCAGCAAGUUCCUCUCCCGGGUUUUUGGCGACGAGUCCAUCGGCCUGGGCUACACGCCCGUCAACGCAAUGCUCCUCAACAUGGCUCUGUGCAUGGUGUACGUCUGUCUGGGCGAGUUCAAGACGCUCAUCACGUUUUACGGCGUCGCCGGGUACACCUUUUACUUCCUCACCGUGCUGGGGCUGAUUGUGCUGCGCAUCCGGGAGCCCCAUCUGGAACGGCCGUAUCGCACGUGGAUCACCACGCCCAUCAUUUUUUGUUGCGUGAGUUUGUUCCUGGUCAGCCGCGCGGUGAUCGCCCAGCCUCUGCAGACGGUCAUCGUCGUGGUGUUUGUGGCGAGCGGCAUUCCGGUUUACUAUUGGCGCGUCGCCGGCAGAGAUGACGGUGGCGUCUCCGGAAAGAGGGAAACCAGGUUCUGGCGGAGAUGGGGACGGUCUUGAGCGGUUGCCGUUGUUUGUGUUGGCGUUGCUAUUCGCAUGGGCUCAUGCAUGAUGACAACCAUAUUGUUUUGGGGAUCGGAACGAAUCUUUCUUGCAUAUCUAAUUGUUUCGUGUACUAUACACCUUACCCAAGUAUGCAUCGUUGGGUAGUACUCAUAGCGUGCGUCAAAGAGACUUCUUUUGGUAUACACAUCCAGUAUCGUAUUAGGCAGAUCCAGAUUCCUCAUUAAGUUCUGCUCGUACAACCAUG